GACACCUGUAAAUAUCAGUCCGGUAGCAGUUCAUUAAAAAAACAUCAAAUUGUAAUCAAAUAGAUUUUUGUGAAAGCUGAUCAUGAAGAAUGGCUCAACAUGUCUUAGUUUAUUUCAUGACUUCCCUCAUUUUAGUUUCUGCACAGGAUGUGAAAUAUUUCCUGAAGGGUCAGGACAUACACUUGAUGCCAUCCAUCUCUGAACAACCUACUGGAAUUCUCUGGCUACAUAAUAAAAAUGAUGUGGUAUUGUCCACUGCUUUUAAGGACCAUGUGCCUUCUUCAUACAAGAACAGAAUCACUCUGGACCGGGUCUCUGCAGAACUCACCAUCAAAAACGCCACAUAUGAAGACAGUGGAGUCUAUCUCCUAGGAAUGAACAUAAACAACAAGCGGAAUACUUUCCAGUGUACAAUUGAAGUUAUAGACAAAGUAUCCAAACCCAACAUAUCCUGUGAGAUGAGCGACACAAAGCAGGCGACACUUGUGUGCUCAACAGAGUCCAAACAUCCUCAUUUAUUAAAGUUUAAGUGGAGCUCACCAGGAAAGGAGCAGACUGGACCAAAUUUAACAAUAAGUGUCAGGAAUGAAGAUGAUGAUCAAGUUUAUCGUUGUGAUGUCAGCAACCCUCUGACCAAUGAAACGGCUUCAUUCACCGCUAAGGACUGCUUCCUGGGUAAAAGAUCAGAUGCUCUACAGAUCUUUGGAAUAUCCUGUUACUGCAUUAUGGUCAUCAUCGUGUGUUGUCUUUUAUACAUAAUACAUCAACAUUUAAAAGGUAAAGAAACUCAACAUGACAAAGGACAAAAUAUUUAA